AGCCCAGAGAUCACUGACUCUUCUGAGUACGAUAAGGUACGUUUAAAUACACACAUUAGUGAAUUGCGCUUAAGAUAUCGCGUUUUAUAGAUGCAUACGGUAAUCGUAAGGAAAAUAAUUUUGGAACUGUUCCUCAAAAGAAGAUAUUCAUCAUGAGUGCUGGAGAACAAAGGCGCGGACGGGAGUACUGGUGGACUGCUCUGUAUUUCCCAUUGCUGUUAUGCUUCGGACUGCAGGUUUCGGCUCAGAUAAGAUACUCUACUCCAGAGGAGGUAAAAAAGGGAACUGUUAUUGGAAACAUUGCUAAGGAUUUGGGGCUUGAUGUCAGUACAUUAGAAGACAGACGAUUUCGUAUCGUUUCUGGAACAAAUGACGCUGUUUUCCAGGUAAAUCAGAACAAUGGCGUGCUUUUUGCGGAUAAGCAUAUCGACAGAGAGGAGCUCUGUUAUGGAGAUGUUGCUUGUGUGCUAAGCUUAAAAACCGUUGUUGAAAAUCCACUUGAAAUCCAUUAUGUUGAAGUUGAAAUAAUCGACGUAAAUGAUCAUGCACCUACGUUCGCUGAUAAAGAAUUGAUGUUAGAAAUAGCAGAAUCGACCCUACCUGGUGAAGACUUUCAGUUGGAAAAGGCAACAGACCCUGAUUAUGGCACGAAUUCGGUUCGGCUUUAUAAACUGAGCCAUACUGACUAUUUUGAACUUGAGCUUCGUGAAAAUGGGGAAGAGAAAAAAAUCCCCAUCUUAAAAUUACGCAAAUUACUUGAUAGAGAGCGUCAGAUCAGUCACAGUCUAUUAGUGAAUGCCGUUGACGGUGGGAAUCCAGCGCGAUCUGGGAGUAUCAUUAUUAAUAUCACAGUUCUAGAUGAUAAUGACAACAGACCAAAGUUCAGCCAAGAGCUUUACUCGGUCACGUUGGAAGAAAACGCCCCGGUUGGUACUCUUGUCAUUAAAGUGAAUGCCACUGAUUUAGAUGAAGGUCAGAAUGGCGAAAUAGUUUAUUCAGUUGUGAAAAAUGCUGAAAAGAUAGUUUAUGAGAUGUUUGAAUUGGACAAUUCUGGAGAAAUUAGAGUUAAGGGUGAUUUGGAUUUUGAGAAAAAUGAUGUUUAUAGAAUUGUUGUUAUGGCAUCAGAUAAAGGGCAACCACCGAAGACAAGCAACUGUAGAAUUGUGAUUAAAAUAAUUGAUAAAAAUGACAAUAGUCCCCAGGUGGAAGUCACCUCACUAUCUGACGUAGUUCCUGAAGAUUCUAAACCAGGGACUGUAGUUUCGCUUAUUAGCAUUACUGAUAAAGAUUCAGGGGUUAAUGGUAAAGUUGUUUGUAAAAUACCUGAUAAUGUGCCCUUUGAAUUGAAGCCGUCAUUUAAAGAAAAUAUGUACUCUCUUGUGACAAAUGGGAAGUUAGAUAGAGAGCUUGUGUCUCAAUAUGAUGUCACAAUAACAGCCACAGAUCUCGGUCAACCUCCUCUGUCCUCAAUAAAGACAUUAAAAGUCCAAAUAUCAGAUGUGAACGAUAACGUUCCGAAAUUUAUUCAAAACCCAGUAGAAGUAUAUUUGAUGGAAAAUAAUCCCCCAAGUGCGUGCAUAUACUCUGUUACCGCCUUUGACAAAGACCUAAAUGAAAAUGCUGCCAUAACUUACCAAAUUAUUAGAGAAGAAGGAACAAAAAGUCACAUGGCAUCUUUCCUCAAUGUAAAUGCAGACAAUGGAUAUAUAUACGCCCUUAAAAGUUUUGACUUUGAGACUUUAAAAACAUUCCAAUUCCACGUGCUCGCUACAGAUUCUGGAUCUCCAUCCCUGAGUAGUAAUUUGACAGUGAACGUUUUUAUUCUGGAUCAGAACGACAACGUUCCAGUGAUCUUAUAUCCAGUGAGUGCUAACGGUUCUGCUGAUGGUGUGGAGGAGAUUCCCCGCAAUGUGAACGCAGGUCAUUUGGUGACUAAAGUCAGAGCCUAUGACGCAGAUAUAGGAUACAACGGCUGGUUAUUAUUUUCACUGCAGGAAGUUAGUGAUCACAGUCUGUUUGGUUUGGACCGCUAUACAGGACAGAUCAGAACCCUUCGCUCAUUCACAGAAACAGACGAGGCCCAGCAUAAACUGGUCAUACUGGUGAAAGACAAUGGGAACGUUUCUCUCUCAGCAACAGCGACUGUGAUUGUGAAAGUUGUGGAGCCUAAAGAGGCUUUUGCAGCUUCUGAUGUUACAAACACAGUGAAAGAUGAGGAGGAAAACAACGUGACUUUUUAUUUGAUCAUCACCCUGGGCUCUGUGUCAGUGCUUUUAAUCAUCAGUAUCAUUGUGUUGAUUGCAAUGCAGUGCUCUAAAUCUUCAGACUAUUCGUCCAAGUAUUUACAAGAUGCGAAUUACGACGGGACUCUGUGUCACAGCAUUCAGUACAGAUCUGGAGACAAGCGGUACAUGCUAGUUGGACCCAGAAUGAGUGUCGGUUCUACUUUAGCACCUGGCAGUAAUAGGAAUACUCUAGUGAUACCAGAUCGCAGGAGGAGAGAUUCGGGAGAGGUAAGCACUGUUAAGUUAAACUUUUUUUUGUAUGUUUGUAUUUGGGAAGUAUAUAUAGAGGCAUUUGUGAGAGUUCAAAAUUGUCUCGAGCAACAUCUGCUCAUUUCGCAUUUUCCAUCGGUUCUGUAA